ACAAAUCAAAUAACUUUGAGAGGACAAUCCAUCAUGAUUCAAGCUCCGAGGUAGGUGGUAGACUGCUUACAUAUAUAUACACCACCAUGCACGCUCAAUUGGUCGAAAGGUGUGUGAGUCGGAGCAAAACAAUGCAUGCAUACAUUCAUGUUUUGUCAUAUAUAUAUAUAUAUAUAUAUAUAUAUAUAUAUAUAUAUAUAUAUAUAUAUAUAUAUAUAUAUAUAUAUAUAUAUAUAUGUCUAUUUGCAGCCUUAGAUUGGGCACUAGCAUAGUGUCGGAUUAAAAUAGCCCUAUACAGUGAGCCCUUCAUUAUAAGACUCAAACUUUUUGUGAUGGAAGCUGCAUGAGUUUAUAUAUGUAAAAAAAACAUAAAUUUUCCAUACCUGGAUUUUGGCUUUAUAUUUGCUACAUUAUUUUUUUAAAGGAAAACUUGUCGAGUGACGAGGAAUACCAGCCUCUCCCUGAAAGUGAGGACAAAAGUACGUUUCACAACUUGCAAACUACAGUAACUGCAUGCAUGUUGAUCUGUAUUAAAUAUUUAAUCUGAUUUUACAUCCAUGAAGUUUCUGAAAUAAUGUAGGAAUCAGUAUAGGACCUUAUAACUGCAAUAAGUCUAUGACCAAAAUUAAAAGCUAUACAGGUAUGCAUAUCCGCAAAAUGUUACACUGUUAGGUUAAAAACUUUGAAUGAAGAAUAAUUAUAGAUUAAACGUGUGGAGAAAUGUCGAAAAGUCUCGGGUGAAAGUCGAUAAAAUCUUGUUGGAAACUUCCCCAAACAAAGGUUCCUCGGAUCUAUAUCUGACUUAUAUCCCGCAUUCUCGGUUUUAGACUUUUGGCGCGUGGAGGUAUAAUUAUAGACACCGCCGAAUUAUAUAGGCUUUCGAACAUGUACGUCACUUCCGAUUUGCAGAUAAUUUUUACAAGCCCCUCUACAUUUAUUUUUCAUUCAUGCACGAGUUUUCUGGUAGAAAGAAUAAACUAUGCUUUAGUUACAAACUUUCACCCUAUAAAGUUAUUUGAAACAUCGAACUUUGGAAAAACAAAUUUUCAAAAUGCUAGAAUGUGUCAAUGCCAAAAUAUAGGGCCAUAUAGGUAAGGUAGCAAACGAGCCAACUCCAUUGACGCAAAUAUGACACUAAAAAUUGGACAGGAAGACAGUUCAAUAGUGAAAAAUGAUAUAGUGCAUGAUACUAGUAUAGCUGUGUUAGAAAACACACACGACGGAGUUCUUUUUGCACUCUUGACGAGUAAACAACGACGAAUUCAUAUCGUGAGAUUAUAUAGAUUAUAUAUCACAUUUUAAUGUUUCUCGAUCUGACUUCGUCGUUGUUUACUCGUCAAGAGUGUAAAAUAACUCUGUCGUGUAUGCUCUAGCGUACACAGCUAUAUCAUGCACUAUAUUAUUUUUAAUUUUGAACUGUCUUCCUGUCUAAUUUUUAUAGUGUCAUAACUACGUCUAUGGAGUUGGCUCAUUUGCUACCUUAAAUUAAUGAAUUGACACAUUCUAACAAAAACGCAAGCACGUUUCUAUUCGAAUAAUUUUUAAUUUAACUCAUUUGAUUUUAUUAACUGCUGUAUAUUUUACAAGUUAUGUAUGUGAUUAAAAAAUAAUAAAUUAUCGUUUUCUUUUAAAGGCGAAGAUUCAGACAAAGAUAAUGAUGACGAAUAUGCUUUUAAAGGUGAUAUCACUGCGCUCACUUUCAAAAUUAGGAGAAAAUAUACUGUACACUUUAACAGUAAUAUACCCCUCUGAGAGCUCGCUGUUGUCAGAAUCAAUUUGAUAUAUCACAGUACUGUCACGUGACACUGGGUGAAAGAUGACAAUUUAUUAAUAGAAUUGUUUGCUGUGGAGGCAUUCAUCUUUGUGUGCAGGAAGGGAUAACAAAGAUUCACAUGAUUUUUGAUGAGGUCAUUGCUAACAGACACAGAGUAACACUGGGGGGGGGGGGAGAAAAGAAAGAAAAAGAAAGCGUCACUUAUCUUGUGUAUGUACCCAUGGAGUAAAUGAAAUACUUUUUCUUCUUUUUGCAGAUAAUUCAAGUCAUUCGGAAACAAUUCGUCAGGAUCCGGAUCUUGAGGUAAAUACGUUGACAGCUCAUAAAAUAUUCACAUAGAUCAGGGAUUUUGCCGCACACUCACCACAGUGACAGUUUACUGUAAAAACUUGAAAUUUUAUAUAUUUAAAACAUCUCGUUUACAUUGCAGCCGUAUAACCACGUCCUUAUCUAUUGAUACGACUGAUACAAUCCAUUAAUUAACAAUUAUUCGCCGAAAGGGAAGUGAAUAUUGGUGAUAUGUGAUAAAAUUUCAUGUUAAUUUACAUAAACUGUGGCUUUGAUUUUCUCUGCUUAGACAACGUUGAUUUUGAAAAUCUCUUCGCCAAUAAACUCAUAAACAUGGGUCGUUUUUUUAAGCAAUUUAAAGCACUUGUAGUCGUACGUGCAUAUCUGAUAAAGCACGACUACAAGUGCUUGAAAUAGUACAUAAUCACCUCAAGCGCAGCCAAUCGACGUUCAGAAUUUUCAAUCAAUAUCCCUUAUCGCAAAUCCGCUUCGGGCUUGAUUUCGGGUUAGGGCUGGGGGUUAAUAAUCUAAUAUGAAGUUCAUACUGGGGCCGGGUCCAGGUUCGAACCGACUUUUAUGCCUGCCUUCGCAGCCGAAAGCAUGAUAAUUAUCAAACAGAUUAAUUAUUUUCCGAUGCUGAAGCCGAAGGCAGAGGCAAAUAAUUGAUCUACAUGUGAGCCACCGACAAAUCACGAUAUUCUGCGAGAACCAUGUUUAACAAUUGUUUUAUCAUUCGUCUUAUGUUUUCCACUUUUUUUCAAGUAAGCAAUACAACUCAUCUUGUUUUCAAAAAAUGAUGAUGAUCGCAUGCUCAUACUAUUAUUUGCACGCAGGUAUUUGCAAGUUGAUUAACCAAUCAAAAUUGCGACUACUGUAAAGUGAAUGAUAAUCGAAUAUUAGGCCUAUAUGACUAAAGGUCUCUUUAGUAAAACUGGAGGCUAGUUUGUAUAAUAAAUUAGGUUCGUCCCCGACUUGGUUGACAAGACAAUUUCAUUAUUUCUAUAUGAUCCUGAAACCAUUGUCACCAGAUGAAACACAUUAAAUGCGUAAAAUUUCCACAGGCUCACUAAUACAAACAGUUUCAUCUAAUUCACCAAUAGUUCGGUCUGUUUUCCUCACUUUUCCGUGAUAUGGUCUUUCCACGAGCACUUAGAGAUAUUUUCUUUCCCAGCAGCCACCGCAUGUAUAUUUGAUUUACCUAACUGACCAUUUUCGUUCUGCUGUUGUGAAACCACAAUGUAUAUUAUGUCGUAGUAUCAUAAAAAAUAGUAUUUUGGCAACUUUAAAUCUUUCGUAACCGGCCAUUAUAUUAAUACAGGAAGACUGUUCAAGUGGCGAGGAAUCCAAGUCUGAAAGUGAAGAUGACGAAGCCGAAGGUAAAUUUCCAGGGCAUAGACCAAUUGCGAAACUUAGUGGCCGCGCCUUCAUACUGCACGAGAACGAGGCUUAUUAUGCAAAAACAAAACAAUUUCUAUGUUUUUUUAUAGCGAAAAGUGAAUUUUAGGGUUUUUAAAGUGUUUUUUCUUGAACCUCUUUGAUCUUUUCUUAAUAUUUCGUACUAGAUUAUAUAAAUAUUUGUUAAAUUUAUCUAAACAUCGAUUUCCCACUAUAUUUUUACCCGCUUUGGAGAGAUAUUUCGUUGUUGUUUUAGCAUGCGAUGGAACAGACAUAUGGAAAAGAUCAAUCUAUACUUUAAAAUCAGAUCAAGAUGCAAAUAAAAUAGCCAGUAUAACUUAACAAACUAAAAUAUAACUCUUUCUACCCAGAUUUUUUUAGACUUCGUGCAAGAAAAAAACGAUUUUGUCAAAGGAUAAUAACAUAAAAUUUCUACAAAUUUUGCCCGACAUUUACUUUCAUAUUUUUAAAGUUAAAAUCGAAAACUUGCUAUUAUAUUACAACUGAAACAAAAUUAAUCAAUGUUACAACUUAUUCUUUGAAAUAUAUUAAUAAAACAGACGGAAAAUACCUGAUUCUUUCUGUGGUAUAAUCUGCUUCUUUUAUCGGACGGCGAAAAACAGCAAAACUUUGCCUCGCACGCCGCGAAAAACAGUGAAAUUUGAAGUAAGACUAAAUCUAUGAACAAGUUUAAUAAAGAUUUACAUAGUCAAAACAGAAAUAUUGAAAAAAAUGAAGAGAUUACCAUAAAAACGCGUCUCAAACACUGAAAUUCAUUUUUCCCCAUAUAAAAAUAUAGCAGAAUGAUUUGUUUUUGCAUAAUAAGCCUCGUUUUCGUGCAGUUUAAGGCGCGGUUACUAAGUUUCGCAAUUGGUCUAUACUAAUGUAGAUUUAUUAUUACCAUUAGUAUUAUUAUCAGUACAGUCUUUUGCAUUUCUCUACUUAUAUCCAUUGCAAAUCUUUCUCGUUGUUAAACAAUCCUCUUAUAUAUCAUCUUUCGGUCGUUUCAUCCCUUCUCUUAAACAGCCAAUCACCGAUGUAUAACUAAAGUUAUAACUUUUACGUUAUAUCUGUCCUGUCUUUCCCGUAGAUCAAAACAGAGCUGCUGAUACUUUCUUACCUUCUCUUGUCGUUUUUCGUCUUUGUUCGAAUGAUUUGGCCAUGCCAUGUCUAUUUUCAUAAUCUUUCUUUUCGCUCUCCUCAAGUGUCUGAUCGGGUCUCUUUAACUGCCGUGGAACUCAUGCUCACCCGGUGUUCCCAAACCCAAUUUAGCUUCUUCCCGCUGUUCUCAAUCACUUUUCCUUUCCCUCAUCUCUCUGUGUAUCACCUCGUUCCUUGUUACUAUAUAGUAACAAUUCAUUAUCAUUCGCCCAUUUCACCGCCAGUACUAAUUUCAACUAUUAUCAUUAUACUUCGCAAGGUUCCACAUGAAGUGUUUAUCUACCUCACUCACCCCAUCAGGCAUCGGGAAAAUAAAUGAAAAAUCAGUACAUUCUAAUACCAGUCCUUCAAUACUUUUAAUGUUGUGAUGUUUCAGAUGGAAAUGAUGUUAAUAAACAUUCAAUGGCAAAUAAAUGUUUUGACAAAACAACAAAGAAAUCUGGAGGUAAGAUUUUCACAUUUUAUCUAAUUAUUUGCGAAUUAAACGGAUAAAUUAAGAUAUAGUCCAACAUUUACAGCUUUUUCGGUCGUACUGACAAUUAUAAGUAAUAGCAUGGCUUGAGGGAGAUUAGUGAUUAAAUGGCCCCGUAACCCGAGGCAGGUUUGCGGAAUUCCCGAGGGCGAAGCCCGAGGGAAUUCCGCAAACCUGCCGAGGGUAAGGGGUCAUUUAAUCACUAAUCUCCCGAAAAGACAUGCUAUUAGUUUGUAAUAGCAUAGUUUCGCUCCCAUUUAAAAAUGGACAAACAUGCCCUACUUGGAAUCAGCGUAUUUAAGCUAAAACAUUUGCUUCAUUGCUUGUGGGAUGUAAAAGCUUGUUGCACAUGCGCACUUUUUACGCUUUAAUCGGUUACGCAUGCGCAAUCUAUCAUUUAACGUACCACAACAAACACGCUAAAUAUAUUAGUAUAAAUUUGGAGACUGCACGUGCGUAAUUUAAAUGAUGCGGCAACUCAGGGAUCGGAUGAUAGACUAUUGACGGCUCUGAGCUAACUGUUGCUGUUCCUUGCACGAUUAUGUGCGUGAGGCACUUGCCUAAUGCGUAGUCGUCAGGGAGACAAAGGUGUGACCCUUGGUAACGGGCGAUUAGUUCUAAUCGCUCGCUCUAGCGGGCGAUUAGAACUAAUCGCCCGCUACAGCGGGCGAUACGUGAUUAAACGACCCUGUUGAAACAAAAGAAACCCGGGCAACUAUGCUAUUACGUCAAUAAACAAGACAUUACAAACGAAAGAGAUUAUCGAAAAUACAUAUGCAAACGUAUUUUAUUCCUUUUCGAUACCUUGUUCAAGAGUCUUGAGAAGAAUUUUUUUUCAUCUAACAAACGUUGUUAUAUUUCCAAGGGCAUGAUUUGAUAUUUGUCGGGCAAUCACGCCCUGCAGGAACAAUGAAGACAAUUCAUAUUUAAUUAUGAGAAAAUUUUUUUGUUCUUGUCUAGUGUACAUAAUUGCGGCGAGUGAGAAAGAUGGAAAGAGGGUCUAUGAUAAAACCAACUGUUGCUUCUUCUGCGAAAAAGAGUACAACAAGCUGGCUCGCCAUUUUAUGCAAGUUCACAGCGACGAAGAAGAGGUGGCGAAAAUAAUAGCCCUCAAAACCAACAACGCCGCACGGCAGCUCCAGCUGGAAAGACUUUGCCGAAUGGGCAACUUUAACAAUAAUUUAAAGGUUCUGGAGUUGCAAAAAGGCGAACUAAAGGUGGUACGAAGACCUGGCCAAAACGCGGACAAAGAUCCAAGCAAUUACUUGCCGUGCCAGUUUUGCCAUGGUUUUUUCCAGAGAAAAGACCUGUAUCGCCACAGUUCGAAGUGCCCUUUCGCUGAAGGUGCCGACCAGGCUAACAUCCGCUCCAAAAAAAUGCAGCAUGCAGGGAGGUUGCUAUUGGCGGCGAAUAAUUAUCCAACUGGUGCCAGCCAACAACUCUCUGACAACGUGUUAUCAAUAAUGGCGCUAGAUGACAUCAGCGCUGUGGUCCGAACAGAUGAAACCAUCUUAAUGGUGGGUUCAACCUUAAUUGAGAAUCGUGGAAAUGAGAAAGCAGUGGAAGUGUCACAGCAAAUGCGACUACUUGCACGGUUACUGAUAAAUGUGAGAAAGCUGUGUGGAACCCCGUCCGUGUCGCUCCGAGAGAUCUUGACGCCAGGCCAUUUUGAUCAUCUUGUUGACAGUGCGCGAUCUCUUGGGGGGUAUACUGCUGCAACAAAUGCGAGUACGGAUCGUUUCAAGGCCCCGUCAACCUCUGCAAAGUGCGGAUAUGCCUUAAAGAAAGCUGCGUUUGUGGUAAAAGGGAAAGCUCUACGAGAAAAAGAUAUGGAAAGAAAGAACAACGUGGAUCUCUUCAUGGAGCUGUAUGAGGGUGAAUGGAGUGGCAAAGUAACCAGCCAGGCGUUACAAAAUCUUUCGUUCAAAAAACAUAACAAGCCACGCUAUCUUCCCAUCACAAACGAUCUGAUGAUUCUGCGAGCCUUCCUACAUGACAAUAUUUUAGCCCUCAGUAACGAAGUCCGCGAAAACCCAGCAAAAGAAAAUUGGAGAAAGCUGGCAGUUUUAGCGUUGGCCAGACUGAUAAUUUUCAACAAACGUAGAGGUAUACCUAUCAUAUUUUUUGUUUGUUUUGUUGUGGAACAGUUAACGACUGAAUAGUGGCCCGUGCAUUCGUUAAAAUCUCACGCGCGGGAGCGCAGCAGAAACACUUGAGAUUAAAUUUUUACUUCCUAAAUUCUGGAGAAAAAAAUCAGUGAGUUAAUUACAUUUUAGAAACAAGUGGCAUUUUGUCGUCCAAAUGAUUUACUAAAUCUGGUUGAACGUAAAGUACAUAAUUGCCAAAACGACUAAAAAGUACACUUGUAGCUAUUGUGGAGCAUACUAAAAUUGUCAGCGUUUCGUAGUUCUCGUUUGUAUUUGUAUCAUAUUUUAUUAAAACAUUUAAUGUAAUUUUUCUUAAAAUAGGUGGGGAAGCUUCUCGAAUGCAGCUGGAUGUAUUCUUAUCGCGGCCCUUGUGGGAAAAUAUCCACAACGAGGAAAUUUUGUCCUCCCUCUCCGCAACAGAAAAAUAAUUGUGCAAACGGUAGGCAAGUAAACCGACAGGUCUAAUAUGUCAUUGUUGAAAUUGAAAUUAAUGAAAUAAUUAUUUUAAAUUUUGUAGUUACACCACGUAAUUUUAUUAUCGCAUUUUUUUAUUAUUGCGAUAAUAGAAUUACGUAGUGUAACUACAAUAUUUAAAAUAUUUUUUCACCAUUCCAACUUUGAAAGAACUAAUUUACGAAAUAAUUGUUUCACGUUUGUUCAAUAUUUCCAUGGUUAUUGGUAACAUUUGAUUUGAUGAUCUUUGUUCGUGAAAAAAAUUGCCAAUCAUAGAAAAUACUCUGUACUGUACAAACAUUAUUUUUUAAAGAUGCAUCAUUUGAAUUUAAUUAUAGAUUCGAUAUGGUGGAGAUAAUGGGUAAGAGGAACAGGAAGGUGCCUGUUUUGCUGACACCGGACGUGAAAGAGGCUAUUGUGGUCCUUAAUAGCACCAGGGGAAAAGGAAAUGUGACCAAAGAAAACAC